UCCACUGUUGUCCGCGAGCCCGAAGAAGCGUCGUUCAGAGAUGAGACGGAGGAGAAAAAACAACGUCGUUCGUCCAGAAACUUUAACAAACUUCACCUGCGGGCUCCGGAAAUCCAUUUUUACCGACAUGAGGUGGAUUUUCAUCGCUUGUCUGGCGGGUGUGUUCGCUCCGUCCUGCUCAGGUGUUCACGUGUUUGUGAGCGACGAGAAGAGGUACGCCGUGCCGUUCCAGUCGGUGGUCCUGCCCUGCCACUACACCACCGUGUCCACCCAGACCGUCGUGGUUCAGUGGGUCUACAAGUCCUACUGUCGAGACCCAACCAGGGACUCGUUCAGCUUCUCCGACCAGGGAGGGGGCGCGCUGCAGGGAAACGUGGUGAAGGGCGGGGUCCGCGGGACGGGUCUGACGCCGAGRUACCUGGACUGCUCCGACAGCAGCCGGACCGUUCGGACCGUGGCCUCCGUCUCUGGAUCCUCWCUGACUCUGUCAGAGUUCUACAAGACCAGAGACAUCUCCAUCAUCAACG